GCCCGGCCACCCCACUGUGUCUGUACUUUUAAGCAUAGUCUGUUGCCCUUUUCUUCACCUGCUUCUCAGCUCACUGUACCCUGUGAUGAACACUUUCCCUGGAAAAGCUUUCUGGAUGCCAGCUGUCCCACAGCCUUGUGGGGAGGAAGACCCACUUCAGACUCAGGUUUUCCAGAGCUGUCAAGCCCCAGCAUACCCACUCUUGGGAAGCAGGUGAAGGCUCAGAGCAUUUGGGAUUGAGGGGCUGAUCUGGGGCAUGGAGGGAGGGCCUAAGGCCCAGAGGCAGGAGAGCUCUGCAAGGCACACUCAGAUCCACCCCUGUGCUCAGCACCAGAGCAAGGGCUUAAGUGUCCUCCCUGAAUUGGGACCAAAAGGGAGGACCAAAGGGUGGUGCCCAGGAGAACAUUGACACUGAUUUGGACCGGAGGUCUUGGUUCAGGGGCAGGUACACUGUGGGUCCAGACAGCACCCAGUUUUGGGUAAUCAGACUGGGGAGACAUACUCCUAGCUCUGCCACCAGCCUCCCCUGUUCUUUGCCUCAGUUCACCCAUCAGUAAAAAGGGGAUAUGUUUCUUCUGACCCUGCUCUGUAGGUCAACAGCACAAUGCCUAGGCCUAACAUGGCAGGCUCUGCCUGCCUAAUACCCUCUGUUGUUCACUACCCUAAAGCCACGCCCUGGCUUGGUCUGGACAUGUGCUAACCCAGCUACUGUUUGCUUCUGACUCAGCGAAGUCCCCCUGCGAGGCUCAGAAGAACAAACAUUUUCAGGCUGCCCAUGACAGGAGGGAGACCCCAUGGAAGUCUGGCUGCUUUCAGCAGCACUUUAGGCAUCUGGGGCUCCCUCGCAUGGGUGCUGCACCUGUGGGCAUAGAGGGGGCUGCAUAUGCUACAGUCCUAAGGAUGAGCAGGGGACAUCAUGGCACAAGCCACAGGCUGGCCAGCUGAAUCCCAGAUGCACACAGUGUGUUUAGGGCAGACCACAGACCUCAAAGGGACAGCAGCUGGCUUAGGGGAGGGCAGGAAGGGGAGACCCUUUCCUACAUUGCUUUCUGGCUGUAAUUGUUCACCACCACCACACUUUUUUUGGUUGGGGGUUAACCCCCUCCUUCCCAGCCCCUGCCAGAUCUCCUUGGGAAGUUGCCUUGAGUUGUUUUUCUGCUUGUACCACCUCCCUCUGGGUCCCUGCUGCCCCAGGGCCAUGGCCUGAAGUUAAUCAUUAGGGAAGGGGAGCCUGUCUCUGGCUCUCAGCAUGAGUAGGAGGCACCUGGCAUGGCCCACUCUCGCCCCAGCAACAACCGCCCAUCUCUUGUACAAUUCGGCACCGGGUAGCAGCAGGGGAAAGGCUCCAGGUCCCUUCCCUCUCCUCCUACCACUCCCUCCCCACUCUACCUGUUCAGCCCUGUCUGGAUGCCAGCCAAUCCCAGAGUGCAGCUCCCUGCACACACCCACCAGGUAAGCUUAAAGGCAGGUGCAAGGGGCUGCGUUCUACAGCCUUGCAGGACCUGCUCUCUGCUUGAUCCCAGGAUCCACCUAUUCAGCUCGACCAUGCUUUUCUGGCACAGCCAGCCCGAGCACUACUGGCCAGGUCCAGGGGAGAUGUACCCAUGCUCUGGCAACAACCUGCUCAGGGAGCCCCUGGCGCUGCCCUUUCUGAAGCAGGAGGAGCAGAACAACAUUUCCACUUCAGCGGAGCUGCACUGCCCUGCUUUCCAGUAUGUGCUCUGUGCUGCCACCUCACCUGCCAUCAAGCAACAUGAGGAGACCCUCACCUACCUGAACCAAGGCCAGUCCUAUGAGAUCCGGCUGCUGUGCAACCCCAAGCUGGGAGACUUCUCUGAGUGCCGCAAGCUGCUGAAGAGUGUGGUGCGUGUGGUGUUCCAUGACCGGCGUCUGCAGUACACAGAGCACCAGCAGCUGGAGGGCUGGAGGUGGAACCGCCCAGGUGACCGCAUCUUGGAUAUCGAUAUCCCACUCUCGGUUGGCAUGUUGGAGCCACACAUCCACCCUACGCUGCUCAAUACAGUGGAGUUCCUGUGGGACCCCACCAAGCGGACGUCUGUCUUCGUCCAGGUUCACUGCAUCAGUACUGAGUUUACACUACGCAAGAAUGGGGGCGAGAAGGGCGUCCCCUUCCGCAUCCAGGUGGAUACGUUCAAGGCCAAUGACAAGGGCGAGCACAUGGAGCAUUUGCACUCAGCCAGCUGCCUUGUCAAGGUUUUCAAGCCCAAGGGAGCAGACAGGAAGCAGAAAACUGAUCGGGAGAAAAUCGAGAAGCAGGGACUGCAGGAGCGAGAGAAAUACCAGCCAUCCUACGAGAGCACUGUACUGACAGAGUGUGCCCCAUGGCCAGAAGCUUCCAGCAGUCCCCACAGCCCUCCAGCUACUCCCAGCCUGCCCUCUCCUCACACCUUCAAACUGCUGACUCCUGAAAGGGCAUGCUCCACUCCCAGCUGCGUCUUGGACAGCCAUGCAGAGAGCACAGCAGAGGCUCUCAGCCCUUGCGCCUCCAUCCUGGAAACCCAGCAGUGGCUGCACAGAAACCGAUUUUCAGGCUACUGCCGGAUGUUGGCUAAUUUCACAGGAGCAGAUCUCCUGAAGCUCUCCCGCAGCGACCUCAUCCAGAUAUGUGGAGCGGCCGAUGGCAUCCGGCUCUCUAACACCCUGAAAGCCAGGUGUGUGCACCCUCGGUUAACCCUGUACAUCUCCAGAGAGCCCCAGGCCAGUGGAGGGGAGAGCCCUGAGGAGUCGCAUUCAGCUGUUUACCAGGAGGUGUAUCUGGAGGAGCUCACAGCGAUGGAACUGACCAAUAAACUAGCGGAGCUGCUCAGCCUCCCAGCCAAUCAGAUCCGGCAGGUCUCCAAGCAGGGGCCCACAGGCAUUCUCAUCCUCAUCAAUGACCUGAUGAUCAGAAACAUGCCAGAUGAAUCCUGCUUCAUAGCAGCUGUCACCAAAGUGCAGGCCCCGGAAGGCUACCACUUAAUACUGAGAUAAGCUUAGAGUCACCUGGGAUGUGACAGCCUGGAGAAGUGCACUGAUAGCAGCAGGUGUCAAAUCACUAUCUGGGAUGAAGAGACUACCGCCAGGUUCUCCUACCACACCAUCUAUCUCCUCCUAGCUUGGGAAAGGAGCUAGGCCAAGGCAGCUGCAGUUCAAAGCUGUGUUUACGAAGUACCCUGACCCCAUGUUUAAAAAGACACUGUUCUCUACUUUCCAUGCCUUUAGUUGAUAGCGUGGAUGGAUGCUUUUAUGCUGGUAUUCAAUAAUACUGCACCCUCAGCCAAAGGCCUCCUAUGAAGAGACUGGUGAUAGGCACUAGCUUACCUCCCUGGAUAAAGGUUCAAAUUCAGCCCCUGGCAAUAAGAAGUAAUUAAUCACUGGUAGCCUGCGUGCACUGAGUCUGUUGGGAGUCCAUUGCUUUCCCAAUACAUGUGUCGACAUUGCCCAUUAUAGCAGCCAGUUAGUCUGUAGAGACUGAGAUUUUAAACUCCUUGGGGUGGCACUGGUACCUCUGUUUGUACAGCACCUAUCACCACAGGGGUCAUCCUGAGUGAUGAGGGCACAAAUAAGAGCAAGAGGAUUGAAUGGGC